CCUCAGCCAGUCAGUCUCGCUCCUGCCGCCGUGGUGGCUACACGCGCUCCUCCUCCUGCUGCUGCUGCUGCUCUCGGUGUCACGCUGCGCCUGGCCUGCGAGCCUUCCCUUGGGCCUCGCCGCAGUGAAAGUGCACUUAAUGUCCCUAUUCCUCAUCGCCAUGAUUACCCCAAAUAUGCAAGUGAUGUUGACAGUGACUGGGCGAGUGGAAGAGUGCUGACAACGGUCUAGGAGUAGGAACAGUCAGUCAGUCUUGUGCGUAAACUGGACAGUUAGUUCAAACAGGUGUGAAGCAUCAGCCAAUGUAUCCCAGCUCGGCGGUGAGCCUCACACUCAUCACCUCCUCAUCACCUCACCGGGAUGGUUGACCCGUGUUCAACACCACAGCUGUCAAGCCGCUAAGUGAACAGGUUCAUUCCCCCUCCCCCCCCCCCCCGCCGUGGACGGAACAGGCAGAGAAAGAGAGAGAAUAAAGAGGAAUUUAAUUCCGCAAGAAUAAAGUGGGAGGACAGGAGGCCGGACAGGCCCUAUCCUCGUGCUGUCCUGCUGGAGGAUGGAAGAACACGCUGACGAAGGCGUGGUGAUGGUAGCCGUGGGCGUGGAGGGCGUGGCGGCGUGGGCUGCGGGCGUGGCCUUGACGCUGGCCCUCGUCAUCAUCUUCCUCGUCUCCAGCAUCCUCAAUACAGUCUUCCUCGUCAUCUUCUUCAGGAGACCGGCGCUACGAAGCAUCUCCAACAGGUUCAUCGUGAGCUUGACGGUGUGCAACCUGCUGGCGUCUUGGUUACUGCUGCCUCUGGUGGUGGCCGACACCUUCCUGCCGGUGUGGGAGUCCGUGUCGCUGUGUCGUGCCAUGGACGCCGUGUCCGAGCUGGUGGCGUCGGCGUCCGUGUUCGCUACGCUGCUUAUCGCCGUGGACAGGUUCUGCGCCAUCACCGAUCCCCUUCACUACCACAUGCUGGUGACUCGCCUCAAGAGCGUCGCCAUGAUCGCCGUCGGCUGGCUUGCUGCCACUCUGAUUGCAGUGGCAGCUGCCUUCGGCGACCUCUCUGGCCGAGCAUGGAAUGUGUGCGGGGCCGCCACGCCGAAGGUGAUGCCCAAGACGGAGGGCCCGUGGACAUACCGCUCCUGCUUCGUGCUGGCCAACAUGGUGGUGUCGUUCGUGGUGCCCAUGGUGCUGCUCACCUGGAUCUACGUCCGCAUCUACCACGCUGCUCACCAGAACAGCGAGAGGACCCGUCGCAACUCCCUGUGUGGCUCCUCUCUUGAUGCUGUCGCUCCCUCCAGGGCCCCCUCAAGGACCCCGUCGACCAGAUCCACGUCGUCUCAGAUCGUGACUAACCUCCGCUACCGCAUCAGUAAUGCGUCGCUCUUCCUGCACAAGGAAGAGUCGCGGGCGGCCAAGAUCUCCGUGGUGGUCAUCGUCCUCUUCUUUGCUUGCUGGCUUCCCUACUAUGCGGCCGCGCUGCUUCACACUACACUUUUCCAGGUGUGGAUGCCAGGUGUGGUACAGAGCGUAGUGAUGGUGCUGGCGCUCACCAACUCUGUGGUGUCGCCGUACGUCUACCUGUAUCGCUCCCGCCGGAUCCAGCGCGAGGUGCGCCGCCUGCUGGGUCUGCCCCUCAGCAGCGCCAAGAGCAGCGCGGGGUCCAGUCGGCGCCGCCCCCCGUCGCGCCUGACGCUGGAGAUGAUCCCGCCGUCCCCAACCAUGCCCGACGCCAACUUUAACUCGGCCCUCAACCCCUACCUAGUCAUGUGCAGUGGCCAGAUGGGCUCACGCCGCUCUCCCCUCGCUGCCUUGCUUAAUAAGCUUUUUCGUGCGAAGGGAUUCACUUGGGAGCCUUGGCGCGACUCCAUUACCUCUACUACUUCAUCUUCCACAGCCACGACCUCCAGCUCGGGCUCCUCAGCCUCCUCGGGCGCCACCACCGACGCCUCAACAACUGAGAGUGAGAGCAUGUUACCGUGCCUGGACCUGGAGAAGGCAGAGUCGUGACGGAAUGAGAGGCCAGUCCAAGCGUCUCUCCAUCCCCCACUCCUCCUCCUCCAGCACUACAGAAACACCGUGUACAAGCCUCCUCCUCGCCUCCCACACAGUGUCUCAGGAAGCAGGACUCGCAGCCUCUGCGCCGCAGAUCACAGUUUGGUCUCCAGAGCAAGAACCGCUCGACCAGACACCACCAGUGACAGACGCGCAUCAAGAAGCAGAAGUUUCCGACCGGUCGACACUCGUGUCUGGCCAAACCUGCAUCACACUACCCCAAGCAACUCCCGAGUGGGAAGAAACGUCUCGCAGACACAACCAGACACCACCACCAUCGCCCGCCCACUUAACUCCCUCGCCCAACACAGCAGCUCCAGCAUCCAAGCAACUAAUGCCCAAACCAUUAGCCACCCUACGACUCCCUGGGCAGGAGUCACCCUGAAGUCUUCCAGGGUGGAACACCCUGAGCACCCUGCUCGUCCAACCAAACGUGCGGUCCAACGAGAGGUUGUGGCCAGCUCGCUCGUCCCUGUCCUCAGGCCCAGACUAGUGCUCCUCACCACUUCUACUUUCAUCAGAAACUGACGAGGAGGACGACGACACAACCCCUCCCGGGCCAGAGAUCUGACUAUCCCAGUCACCUUUGAACGUGGAGGAAUACAUUUACCUGCUGUGUGGAUCUUUUAUCGUCGGUUAGCUGAAGAACUGUCCUUUUCCCUAGUGAAGAACAUCCUACAGCCCCAGCAUCAGGGUCUUAACUGGAUGAGGGACAAACCCCCCUUCGCCUGCUAUGAUGGAGAAUUGUCUGCCUUCUCAAGAAAGAGACUUUGAGAGAUGGCAUACACGGAGAUGUCAUAAAUAUGCCAGUCUUGUCUCGCGUGUGGACUGGUUGAAACUGUUGGUGCUUUCUUCAAGUCAUAAGUGUUAGUUAUGUUCAGUGUUAACGGAACUAUACCGGGUAUAACUUUGCUGGGUGAAAACAAUGAUAUUUCGGUGUCAAAUCCAUAUGAAAUUUGUUAUCGACAUUAUGUCCAAUAGCUCUCAUUCCCUAUUAAAAAAAAUGAAUUCUUGAAAACUGCUCAAAAUAUCUAGGAGAGUUGCCCAAAAUACUCAAAAUCUUACUAGAAACUCUCUCAUACCUCAGAAACCACACACAAACUGUUCAGAAACCCACAGGUUACCUCUCAAAAGAUUUAUGCAUUAAUUUAGUGAUUAAGCCUUGGUUUCUUUAAUCAAUUAAAUGUGCUUUGAAACUGGACAUGUGAGAGUUUCUCUCUCUCGUUGUGCCUUGACGUGGCAUCACAAAAUGCUCAAUACUUUUGAAUGAAUAAUUUAUGGUGUUAUUUAUGUGGUCGGUGUGACCUCUUGUGUUACUGAGACGUGCUGGGAGGGAGGUGGUGAAGUUGAUGGCGACACACUCAUCCAAUCACAAACUAUGUGGCGACUGGGCUGGCUGGCUGGCUGGCUGGCUGGCUGGCUGUCUGUCUGGCUGGCUGGCUGGCUGGCUGGCUGUCUGUCUGGCUGGCUGGCUGGCUGUCUGGCUGGCUGUCUGUCUGUCUGGCUGGCUGGCUGGCUGGCUGGCUGUCUGUCUGGCUGGCUGGCUGGCUGGCUGUCUGGCUGGCUGGCUGGCUGGCAUCACUGAAGCAUGCCUUCAAAGGUGUCCAGACAUGGUUGGAAAUAGCAAAACAGUAGAGCAAAAUACCCUUUUGCUCUACGCGAGGUUUCUGUUCUACCACCAAGACUAGUGGGCCAGUAUCUCUGUCGUCGACCAUCAGGGUGGUGGUACAGUCCUACACGCUACAAGAUAUGUGGCCACCAAGUUCGUAUCACUUUUCCCCAUCUGAAGGACAUAUAUAAUGAGCUGUUAUGGCAUCAUUGAUGUUUCUUUUAUGGAAAUGACACUUGCACCUUGCUUCUGGUUGCAAACGACAUUGCUACAAUGUUUCGGUUCCAUCACUUUCCAGUCAAGACCACUGCUCCCCAUCACUCCAGCUCCUCCCCCGGUGACUACAUGGAUGAGUUUUAGGGUAAAAUACAUAAAAUAUUUAGUGCCUUUGUAUUCAUGUAUAGAUAUUUAUGAAAUAUAGUUGCAUAUAAGCAAUAUUUUUGUCUUACCAGUUUUUUUGUGUGUUUGCAUGUGUGUGUGUGUAUGUGUGUGUGUGUGUGUGUGUGUGUGUGUGUGUGUGUGUGUGUGUGUGUGUAAGGAGGUGUGUGUGUGUGUGUGUGUGUGUGUGUGUGUGUGUGUGUGUGUGUGUGUGUGUGUGUGUGUGUGUGUGUGUGUGUGUGUGUGUGUGUGUGUGUGAGUGUGUGUGUCGUUCAAAUACUGAAUACCUCGCUGGUGUGGUUUCUACAAGCCACAUGUAAAGGCUUCCACAAAUCAACUUAAGUUUGUCACAUCUUAUAAGUUUACACAACUUUAAAAAUGUCUGUAAAUGAUAUUGAGAUGUUUGAUCACCAUAAGAAAUGAUGUAGUUUGUACAAGAUGAUCGAUACGGUGGUAUUGUACCACCGAUACCAUUCGUGUGGUAUUGUUUUGAGAGUCUUCUCGUGUAUCUGAUCUCCACAAAUUGGCUUAAGCUUGUUUAAGUCGACUUUUGUGGUUUCAACUCCAUGUGUCUGGGGUUUCUACCUAGUUUUUCACCUCAUCCCUUAAUCAAAUAGAAAAUGGAACAAGACCUCUACUUGGAAUAUCUAGAUUUAAUGGCGUAAAACUCAGUCUUAAACGUCCGUGAUUUAGAGACACAAGUACCUUGCCUAGUCCUGCUUCCCCAUACUCCAUUACACUGCCAUUGUUUAUAAGCGUAAUACCACGUGGGUUUGUUUACAAACACAAUGUCACGUGCCUUUUUGUGUACAAACAUGACGCCACGUGCCUUUGUUUACAAACGUGGCAUCACGUUUCUAAGUAUGAAAGUCACGUGGCGCCACGAGCAAAACCAAACAAGUUACCUGUCUUGAUUCAUUCACAAGUCAUAAUACCAGUGAAUGAAUCUUGUUUUAUUUUUAUUUUAUAUUGUAUUUGUUCUAAUUUUGUUUGCUUUCAAGAGAUUGAGUUGAAUGUGUGUGCGUGUGUGUAUAUAUGUAUAUGUGCGUAUAUGUGCGUGUGUGUAUAUAUGUAUAUGUGCGUAUAUGUGCGUGUGUGUAUAUAUGUAUAUGUGCGUGUGUGUAUAUAUGUAUAUGUGCGUGUGUGUAUAUAUGUAUAUGUGCGUAUAUGUGCGUGUGUGUAUAUAUGUAUAUGUGCGUAUGUACCUCGGUUGCUGCCGGUCGAUCUCUUUGAUCCCAAAGUUUUUUCCAUUUGUUUAAUAAAGUGCUUGAUAACG